AAAGCUCCUGUGAAGAAGAUGAAUAAUGUGGUUGGAAAUUCUUCAGAUUUCAUAUUGGAAGGUUUCUUUUUCCCACCCAGUGCAAGGGCGCCUCUAUUUGUCUUAACCCUUUUUGGGUAUACGGUCAUUGUUUUUGUGAAUGUCCUGGUCUUUCUAGUUAUAACACUUCAUAAGAAGUUGCAUGAGCCAAUGUAUAUAAUGUUGUGUAACAUGAUUGUCUGCGACUUAAUCGGAAGCACUGCUUUAAUGCCAAGAUUAAUGUCCGACUUCUUCGUGGAUGUGAGGAUCAUCUCCUUCGAAGCAUGCUUCAUUCAAGCUUUCUGUAUUCACAUGUACACAAAUGGCGCUCAGAUGAUACUAGCGGUGAUGGCAUUUGACAGAUAUGUUGCAAUUUGUAACCCUCUGCGCUACUCCACAAUCAUGACACCCCGGACUUUAGUAAAACUCUGCUCGUUUGCCUGGGGAGGAGCAUUUAUUAUGGUCGUAGUUCACUUGUCACUUACAACAAGACUUCAAAAAUGUAAAACGCUAGUCGAGCACGCAUAUUGUUUCAUUGGAGCUGUGUUUGUACUGGCCUGCGGAGAUUAUUCAGUGAAUAAUAUAUAUGGCUUAUGUAUGUAUUAUUUCCUAACCGCAUUGUCUUUGUCGGCCAUUGCUUUCACUUAUACUAAAAUUCUAAUAACAUGCUUUUUUAAAUCGCAAAGCAACUCGAAAAGCAAAGCCAUUCACACCUGUGCGACACAUUUAAGUGUGUACAUCCUGUUCGAAACGUUUCUUUUAUUUUCAGUCAUGGCUUUGCGGUUUCCAAAUAUCAAUCCAAAUACCACUAAGGCAAUCGGAACUUUAAUGAUUUCUGUCCCGCCCUGCCUGAACCCUAUGAUUUAUGGUAUAUGCACGAAUGAAAUUCGCAAUAUUGUGCUGAAAUGCCUUAAAAAUAAAUUACCACCUAUUUCUCCUUCUUCUUUCGACUGCUCCCGUUAGGGUCGCCACAGCGGAUCAUCUUUUGCCAUAUCUUUCUGUCCCCUGCAUCUUGCUCUGCCACACCCAGCAUCUGCAUGUCUUCUCUCGCCACAUCCAUUAACCUUCUCUUAGGCCUUCCUCUUUUAAAGGAAUGCAUUCUUCACCAUUUCCAGGAUAUAAUUGCUUUAGUAGUUUUUAAUUUCCAGAUAUUUCCUCGUACAACGAGAGUGUAGUGAAUCAUUUAAAGCAGAAACAGACCAGCGAUGUUUGUACUGCUGCAGUUUUCGUAGUGGUUUGGAGUCAAAUGUGUAUAUUUAUAAAAUAAGCAAGCAGAUAAUUACUGUUAGCAAACAAUGUAUUAAAUAAUGUAUUAAAUGCUGCUGGUAAAAAACAAUUAAUAGUUUAUGUAGAUCAAUAAAUUCUCAUGUCUUAUUAAGUUGGAAAGACACUUUUCAUGAAAACUAGUCAAUAUUUUAUAAGUAACAGUUUUAAUAAAUAACUUCAUUGCAAGAGAGAA